AUGUCGACUACAGCCGGUGUAACGGAGGCCAUCACGACGGCGAACGUUGCGACGCUGUUCCCCGAUGUCGAUACUCAGUUCGGCGGCGCCAGCUCUGCUCGAGUGGGCGGAGAACUCGACGGCUACAACGAGGACCAGGUCAAGCUGAUGGACGAGAUGUGCAUCGUCGUGGACACAGAUGACAAGCCGAUUGCGUCUGGCAGCAAGAAGACCUGCCAUCUGAUGACCAACAUCGGCCGUGGGCUGCUCCAUCGUGCGUUCUCCGUCUUCCUCUUCGACUCGCAGAACCGUCUUUUGCUCCAGCAGCGUGCCACGGAGAAGAUCACUUUCCCAGACCUAUGGACCAACACCUGCUGCUCUCACCCCCUUGCCAUUCCCAGCGAGAUGGAGGCUAGCGGAGCAGGUCUCAGCCAGGCUGUGACGGGUGCCCGCACCGCUGCCAGGAGGAAACUGGACCAGGAGCUGGGGAUAAAGGAGGCCCAGGUCCCGGCGGAGAAGUUCGAGUUCCUUACUCGAAUUCACUACCUUGCUCCUAGCGGUGACGAUGGGAAAUGGGGAGAACAUGAGGUUGAUUAUAUCCUUUUCAUCAAGGCUGACGUCGACCUGAACCCCAACCCCAACGAGGUCCGUGAUGUCAAGUAUGUCACUCCCGACGAGCUAAAGGCAAUGUUCAAGGACCCGAGUGCCAAGUUCACUCCAUGGUUCAAGCUCAUCUGCGACGACAAGCUGUUUGAGUGGUGGGAGAACUUUGGAUCUGACUCUUUCAAGAAAUACACCAACGACGAGAAGAUAUGUAGAAUGUAG